GGGAUCUUUUGCUUUCUUGGCACUGAAUGAGAUAUGGGUAUUCUUGGAAGGAAGAGAGCGUUCUCAGACGCUCUUCUUCCUCUUGUUAUAGCCUUCCUUUUCAGCACCAUUUUUGUUGAAAAUUUUACAGUCGUCUUGGGACUAAAUUACACCAAGUACAGACAAGUUAGUAGCUUGAGACUAGUGAGGAUUCAAAAGCACUUGGACAAGAUUAACAAGCCUGCUGUGAUAACCAUACAAAGCCCAGAUGGAGAUAUCAUUGAUUGUGUUCACAAAAGAAGACAACCAGCUUUGGAUCACCCUCUUUUGAAGAAUCACAAGAUCCAGAAAAAGCCACCAGAGAUGCCUAAAAUGACAAAGAAUAAGGCAACAUUGAAGGAAAACGAGGAGAAAUCAUCAUCAAGUGAUGAUCAGCUGAAUAGGAACAUGAUCAACAAAGAUGAUCAGAAGGUGAUGAAAGACGCAUGGCAAAUGUGGCACAAAAACGGGACGAGGUGUCCAAAAGGGACCGUGCCCAUUCGUCGCAGCACGGUCCACGAUGUGUUGAGAGCAAAGUCUUUGUUUGACUUUGGCAAGAAGCAACGCAAGUUUUCUCUUCAUAGGCAUUCUGAUGCUCCUGAUGUUGUUAGCGGCAAUGGCCAUGAGCAUGCGAUCGCCUACACGGGAACAUCCCAAGAAGUGUACGGGGCAAAGGCGACAAUAAACGUGUGGGACCCAUCAAUUCAAGUGGUCAACGAGUUCAGUCUCUCCCAGAUUUGGGUUCUCUCUGGCUCAUUUGACGGCUCAGAUCUCAACAGCAUCGAAGCCGGAUGGCAGGCCAGUCCGGAGCUUUAUGGUGACAGCAGGCCAAGAUUGUUCACUUACUGGACGACGGAUUCCUAUCAAGCAACGGGGUGCUACAAUCUCCUGUGCGCAGGAUUUGUGCAAACUAAUAGUAGAAUUGCUAUUGGAGCUGCCAUUUCUCCAGUAUCAUCAUAUUCCGGCAAUCAAUAUGAUAUAACCAUUCUCAUCUGGAAGGAUCCAAAGCUUGGAAACUGGUGGAUGGGAUUUGGAGACAAUACCCUAGUAGGAUACUGGCCAGCCGAGUUGUUUACCCACUUAGCGGACCAUGCCACCAUGGUGGAGUGGGGCGGUGAGGUUGUGAACACGCGGCCGAGCGGUGAACACACUGCCACGCAGAUGGGUUCGGGUCAUUUCGCUGAAGACGGGUUCGGAAAAGCGAGCUACUUCAGGAACCUAGAGAUUGUGGACUCGGACAAUAGCCUCAGCUCGGUCCAUGGCAUCUCAACCUUAGCUGAGAACACCAAUUGUUACAACAUCAAGAGCUUCUAUAGCAAUGAAUGGGGCACAUAUUUCUAUUAUGGUGGGCCUGGGAAUAAUCCGCAAUGCCGAUGAUCAUAUAUUUUCUUCACUGUCUCUGUCUUUGAAAGAUGUAUAAUUAAUUUACUACGUCCCGAUUUUAAUCUCUUUUGUCAAAUUCUUUAAAAGAUGUAAUUAGAAUUUGUCAAUAUGCUAUUUCCACUCUUGUUUCUGCUAGCUGUUUUGUUGAAAGAUAUUGAAAAGCAAGAGUGUCUGAUGAGAGUAACGCAUUGCAAAAACAGGCGUGGAAAUAGCAGUGUUUUCAAUUUUGAAUUGGUAUUAA